GGGGCUUCUACACUUAACCACAAUCUCACCACCCUUAAGGAACACUUACAAAGAACACAUUCGAUUGACUUCUUAUCUCUCCAGUCCAUUGGGCUUCCCUUAUGAGCUCCGCCCUGGCUCAAUUCUCCAAUCAAUCGGAAUCCACCUUUUAACUGGUCUCUUUUUGGACGCAAUUACUAAUAGGAUAUGGCGAAGAACAAUAAAUCGGCCACUGGAGGUCCCAAAACCAGCCCUUCACCCACUCCCGAAACGCUAUUCAACACCUUGCAGACACUCCUAACCAGACUAGAAAAAAUUGAAGCUAUCAGCAACAACAUCAGCCCGACAACAGAAGCACCGCAAAACUCGAUGGAAUUAUUGUUUUCACGACUAGACGAUCUAGCCGAACGAUUAGAACGACUGGAAAGAACUCUAGAUUCCGAUUCAGUGCACCACCUAGAGAUACAAACUGAGACUCAAAUUUCACCUCAGAAACAAGGGAAGAAGUCGUACGCGUAUGCAGCCACAUCGUCUUUGAAGCAAACAUCUGAUCAGGUGCCCUCAAUAACAAGAUCAAACGCCACCAUGUCGCACCCACUCCCCACAAUUCCUCCAAACAGCUACAUUAACCGCUUUAAGAAAGGCCACACAAUCAUUCGAACUCGGCCGGGAGCAGUCAAACCUUUUUUGAACUUAUCUCCGAUGCAAAUUGUUACCAAUGUCAACCAAGCCCUUAGUUCUAUCAAUGCCAGAAUUGAUAAUACUCCAGUCCAAGUCCAAGCCGUUACACGAUUUCCCUCGGGUGACGUUAAGUUUAUUACAAAGAACCGAACAAUUGCGAGAUGGCUAUUAGAACACAAGCACACCUGGACGCAUCUAGCGGAUCCAAAUUUCACAACACCAAGGGCUACUUUUACCGUGAUGAUUCAUUCUGUCCCAACAGAGUUCGAUACCGAGAACAACAAUCACUUAGCAACGCUCUGCACUCAGAACGAUAUCCCAUGCGACAUGAUAGAAAAAAACUAGAUGGCUAGGUCAACCUCAAAAGAACGGCAAGAAACACGGCACACUGUUAAUAAAUGUAAAGGACAAACAACUUGCCAGAGACAUCAAACAUGGUUGUUUAAUCAUCGACGGUAUUCCACUCAAGGCAUCCAAAUACACCCCCGGCCCUCCUCAAUGUUUCAAUUGCCUAGAAUUCGGACAUCCAGCUUACUUCUGCAAGACACCCCCACUUUGUGCCAGAUGCGGAGGUAAACACAACUCUAAAGACUGCCACAUUGACAACCCAAGUGGCGCUUGUUUUCGAUGUAUCAAAGCAGCCCAAUCAAAUAAAACCUUCACUAGUUUGACCGAUACAAAGUACAAUCACUCACCCUUUAGUAUUUCAUGCCCCAUUAAAAAGUCCGAAGUUGAUAAACACACAAAAGUUGCUUGAUUCUGCCCGUUAAUUAUUUAUUUCACAUUUUAGAUUCCUACAAAUUUUUCCAUUUUCUUUUCUUCUUUUCUUCUCUCUCCCAUCCAACUUUACAAGAACACUUGCUCUCUCACAGUUGAUCGCUGAAAAUACUUUUUAGACCUAUGGGGUG